UAUCCCUUUCUUUCUCACUCAACAAUGACGGUAAAGGACUGCGACCACCACCACCACCACGACUGCGAGCGCCGCCGUCUCUACCGCAGAAUAGCCUGCGCCAUCUUCACCGUCAUCCUCUUGAUUAGCCUAGUCAUCUUCCUCAUCUGGGCUAUCCUCCGGCCAUCCAAGCCCCGCCUCAUUCUCCAAGACGUCACGGUUUUCGGCCUGAACGUCUCCUCGGUGCCACCGGCUGCCAUCUCGACCACCAUGCAGGUCACCAUCUCCUCCCACAACCCCAACUCCCGCAUCGGUGUUUACUACCAAAUCAUGGAUGUUUACGCCGCCUACCGCGGCCAGCAGGUCACUCUCCCGACGCUCUUGCCGCCGACUUACCAGGGCCACAAUGAUGUCACCGUUUGGUCUCCAUUUUUGUACGGCGAAGCUGUGCCGGUGGCACCCGAGUUUGCUGAAGCUUUGAAUGAGGAUAAUAAUGUUGGAGCCAUGCUGUUCAAUAUCAAGAUCAAUGGACAGGUUAGGUGGAAGGUUGGGAGCUGGAUCUCAGACAGGUAUCGGCUGAACGCCAACUGUCCGGCGUAUAUAAAGUUCGGCGAUCCAAAGAAUGGGAUUGCAUUUGGACCAGCGAUGAAGUUUCGGUUCGUUCAAGGUUGUUAUGUCGAUAUUUGAGGUCGCAAGAGUCCACGUCUUGUAUCUCCUUUUCCACGACCCAUAUAAGUCUUUAUGUAGUUGCCAAAAUCAACGAGAUUUAUUAGAA